GAUAUUUCAAACACAGUUAUGGAACCUCAAAAUCAAAAUGUAAAGACAGCACUAUCAUUAUCUUUAGAAAGAUUUCACAUUUCUGAAGAGUAUGGAUUUCUUCUCCCAAAUCCUCUGAAAAAACUUCCAGAUCAUUUUAAACCUUGGAUGGAAAUUAUCAGUAUACUUCCUAACCUGAUUGAGAGUCGACAGCUUCAAGCGCAAGUAAACAAGAUGCCCCUUCUAGAUUGCCAGCUCCUCAAGGGUUACCGGGAACACCGCCUUGCUCACUUGGUGCUGAGCUUUAUUACUAUGGGAUAUGUCUGGCAGGAAGGGGAGACACAGCCCAAAAAGGUUCUACCACAGAAUCUUGCUCUUCCCUUUGUUGAAGUCUCCAAGAGAUUGGGACUCCCUCCUAUCCUGGUCCACUCUGAUUUGGUGUUAUCAAACUGGACUCUAAGGGACCCUGAAGGACCUAUGGAAAUCAGGAACUUGGACACCAUUUUUUUAUUUCCUGGGGAUAAAAGCCUACGUGGUUUUAUACUGGUGACUCUUUUGGUGGAGAAAGCAGCUGUACCUGGGAUUAAGGCACUUGUUCGGGCAGUGAAUUCCAUCUUGCAACAAAACCGAGUCUCACUGCUUCAAGCCCUUCAGGAACUUAGACUCUCCAUUCAGGACAUGACCAGAGCUUUAGGACAAAUGCAUGAUUAUGUGGAUUCAGACAUCUUUUAUGCAGUAAUUCGGUGCUUUCUCUCAGGCUGGAAAGAUAACCCAGCCAUGCCUUUAGGGCUGAUAUAUGAAGGAGUUUCCAAAGAGCCUCUGGAAUACUCUGGUGGGAGUGCAGCUCAGAGCACAGUGCUUCAUGCAUUUGAUGAAUUCUUAGGCAUAUGCCAUGACAAAGAAAGUGCUGAGUUUCUGCAAAGAAUGAGGGACUACAUGCCUCCUUCUCAUAGGGCCUUUCUAGAAGAAAUCAGACUGGCUCCAUCACUGAGGGAUCAUAUCCUAUUCUCUGGAGAUGGUGAACUUCUGAUAACCUACAAUAAGUGUGUGGAGGCCCUUACAGAGCUUCGUAGUUAUCAUAUCACUAUUGUAUCCAAAUACAUCAUCAUAGCUUCAUCCAAAGCAAAAAGCAGCAAGUCAAUUAAUCUCCCUGGAUCUUCUCAGGAUUUAGAAGAGAGGGGCACUGGUGGGACUUCAGUACUUAGAUUCCUAAAGAGUGUCAGAAAUAAGACCUUAGAGACAGUCCUCCAACAAUGUGGUUAAGCAACUGUUUUCUCCCAUCUAGGAAAAUUUCAGUAAAUACAGUUUUCU